AUGGACGGCAAAGUGGUAGCCAUAACGGGCGCUGCUUCAGGCAUUGGACGUGCAACAGCGCAGCUCCUGGCAUCGCAAGGUGCACUUCUCUCGAUUUCCGACCACGAUGCCGAUGGACUUGAGGCUACGCUUGAAUCACUUCACGACACUGUCACUGCUGGAUGGUCACACCUCUCCACUAUAGUCAACGUCUCGUCUGCAUCAGCAGUCGAGGAAUGGAUCACAUCCACAGUGAAGCACUUUGGACGACUCGACUGCGCAGCCAAUAUCGCCGGUAUCCAUUUCAUGAGACCGAUCUCGAUCCGGCAGUCGACUGACGAGGAAUGGGCUCAAGUCAUGGACAUCAACGCCACUGGAGUCUUCCGCUGUCUCCGCGCUCAAUUGAAGCAGAUGCAGAGCGGUGCCAGUAUUGUGAAUGUUGCAAGUAUCGCGGGCCAUGUCGGUUUGGCUGGAAGUAGUGCAUACUGCGCCAGCAAGCACGCAGUCAUUGGACUUACCAAGGCGGCGGCACGAGAAGAGGGAGACGGAGGGGUUCGAGUCAAUUGCCUUGCUCCUGGCUCUAUCAAGACACCAUUGACUGAUCAAAUACCCGAAGAGGCUCGACCUCACAUUGUUGCAACACAGUGUCAGAAGCGCUGGGGCGAUCCAAUGGAAGCAGCGAAGGUCAUCGCCUUUUUGUUGAGUGAUGAGGCUACUUUUGUAACCGGCGCUUGUUACGCUGUUGAUGGAGGUUGGCUGUGUUGA